AUGAGUGUAACCAUUGGAGAGUUGGAGGCUGGCCGCCAAGCUUCUGCCUAUGAUGUCUUGUAUGAUGGCAAAUACAUGGACAUGUGCUCAGUGGAAGGGUUUAUCACCGCAGUGUACCAAACCUUGAAUGUACGCCGGGGCGGGGCAGUGACCCUCGCACCGGUCUGUUCAUCUUGGGUGUGGGUGUCAAGGCACAGCACCAAGCGCAGUAAAGCUGCGCCAUUGGGCGACCUAUCGGCACGCUCGGUGCAGAUCGGAAAUUUGAUGGUGACACGAUGUAGAAAGGGCAUCAGUGAAAUCGCCAAGUUCGCACCGAUUCUGGGGGACACCACGGAUCAGAAGGUGGAGCUAGUCCGGAAAUACAUUGACUCCAAAGGCGUGUCUCGUGUUGCUGGCACAAAGGCCCUCAAAGGCAGCCAAAACUACCCUUUGCCGUUUGGGCGUGCUUUGGCAAAGGUGCGAACCCAAUUGGCUCCUCAAUGCGCUAAGGAUGCCAAGCAGUUUUACAAAGCUGCCCGCAAGGUAAAGAAGAAUGGAUUGAAGAAUCCCAGCCCCUGCACAAAGGAUUUCACCAAGUGGGUGAAGCAUGGCAAAUUGGGCCCAUGCUUUGAUUACCUGACUUCUUAG